AUGGUUAAGAGCCAAAGACCUAGUCGUAGGUCUUCUUCUGUUGAUAGAAGAAGAUCCAGAUCAAGACACAACUCAGUCACUUCAACUAGUUCUUCAGUAUUAUUAGAUGAUAACAACUAUGAAAUGUAUUCUGGUGCAGCAUCAGAGGUCAUACCUUCAUCUAUUUCGUCAUUGCAUUAUCCACAUAGUUUUGGGAAUAGAAGAGUUUCUCAUAUUUCAAGGGAGACAUCUCCAUUGUUAGGAACUGAAGAAGAUGAUAAUGAUGUUCGUUUACACAGAGUCAAGUCUAAUGUUUCAAAACAUUCUGUCGACUCUCAAGCAAAUUUUAACUUUUUCACUCCAGAUGAAAUUGAAAUGGCUCAAGGUGGUUCUACUUUGGAAAAUCCUGAAGAUCCCGUUGAUUAUAAUACAAAUUGGGAUUAUUCUAUUGAUAAGUAUCUUGAUGAUGAAUACCAGAAUGAAUUGACAAUUCAAGACGAUGAAGAGCCAUUGUCUGUUGGAUUUUAUGAUCAAGAAGGUGCAAACUCGAGAUUUCAAUCACCAGAAGCACCAGACUAUGGCUCAAUGGAAUUUGAACGUCGUAACAGACGUGAUUCUGAAUCUAGUAGUAAGUCGGCUUCUUCUGCAACCGAUAGUGUUGCCUCAGAGCAAAUCAAUGUUGAGUUUUUAAAAGAAUUCCCAGCAAAAUUGGAUUACCAAAGAUAUUACCUUGCCGAAGAGGAUUUGGUUUUGGGUAUUGCUGGGUAUAAGAAUGAAUGGUGGAAGAAGUUGUUGUACUAUGCCACUUGUAUUUUUACAUUCGGUCUUGGAUAUUUAAUUUUGAGAUGGUUUCCUCGUUAUAGAGUUAAUUUGAUGGGGACAAGAUGUGCCUUGGGUACUGCUGAUUGGUGUGUCAUUGAAAAUGAGUUUGGUGAGUUACAGAUCAUUGACAUCCAAAAACAAAGAUUUCAAGAGAGAUUAUCCAGUUUUCUUGUUAGCAUCGAUGAAGAUGGGCGUGAUUCGGACAAAGAUCCAAUUGUUCCAUAUAUUCAUUCUUUUGUUUACAGAUAUAUUAAAUUUUUCUAUAAUCCAUUGGAAGAUAUCUUUAAGACGAAUUCAAAUUGGUAUGAUGCCCGUUGGUUGAACGUUAAAUCUAUCAAAGAUGGUAUUCCACAAGGCCUUCAAGAACAAAGAUUAGAAAUUUUUGGAGAAAACAAGAUUGAAAUCAAUGAAAAGUCUGUUGCCCAGCUAUUGGCUGAUGAAGUCUUACACCCAUUCUACAUUUUCCAAGUAUUUUCCAUCUUCUUAUGGUUAGCUGAUGAUUAUUACUAUUAUGCUGGAUGUAUUUUUAUUAUUUCAUUGGUUUCGAUCAUCAAUUCCUUAAUUGAAACAAAGUCUACAAUGAAGAGAUUACAAGAAAUAUCUAAAUUUUCUUGUGAGGUUAGAGUUUGGAGAAAUGGGUUUUGGAAACAAAUUGAUUCCAAUGAAUUGGUACCUGGUGAUGUAUUUGAAGUUGAUCCAUCUUUAAGUGUUCUUCCAUGUGACGCAUUAUUGGUCAAUGGUGAAUGUGUUGUUAAUGAGUCUAUGUUAACUGGUGAAAGUGUUCCAGUUAGUAAAGUCCAUGCAAGUAAAGAAACUGUCAAAUUAUUACCAGAAAAUUUCAUUGACCCAGUUUUAUCUAAAUCAUUCUUAUUUAAUGGUACUAAGUUACUCAAAAUGAAAUCUGCAAAUGAUGAGCCUGUAUCAGCCAUGGCUGUUAAGACUGGUUUCAAUACAACAAAGGGUUCGUUGGUUCGUUCUAUGCUUUUCCCCAAACCAACUGGGUUCAAGUUUUAUGAGGAUUCGUUCAAGUAUAUUGGGUUCAUGACAAUCAUUGCUGCUAUUGGGUUUACUUAUUCUACUUAUAAUUUCAUCAAACUUGGCAUUGAAAAGAAAGUUAUGAUUUUGAGAGCUUUGGAUAUUAUCACUAUUGUCGUUCCACCAGCUUUGCCAGCUACUUUGACUAUUGGUACAACUUUUGCUAUUGCAAGAUUGAAAAAAUUGCAAAUAUUCUGCAUCGCACCAACGAGAGUUAACAUUGGAGGAAAGUUGGAUGUGCUUUGUUUUGAUAAAACAGGAACUUUAACUGAAGAUGGAUUGGAUGUAUUAGGUCUUCAUUUGGCUAAUAAUGCUCAAGGCAGAAAAGAAAUUGUUUUUGAAGAUUUAAUUGAAAAUAUAAAAGACCUCAGAACUGUUCGUAAAAGUGAUCAUGAUACAAAUAAUGGGAAAUUCCUUCUUGGAUGUAUGGCAUCUUGUCAUUCAUUGAGAAAUAUUGACAAUGAACUUUUGGGCGAUCCACUUGAUGUAAAGAUGUUUGAAUUUACUAAAUGGGAUUAUAAGGAAGAUGCUAGUACAUCACAUCCAAUCGUCUAUAAGCACAAUGAAAGUUAUGAAAUUCUCAAAGAAUUUGAAUUUUUGGCUCCAUUAAGAAGAAUGUCUGUGAUUACCUCCCAAAACCACAAAAAUUUUGUUUUCACUAAAGGUGCUCCAGAAAUCAUGUUUGACAUUUGUCAACAAGAGACAUUACCAACCAAUUUUGAAGAAUUGUUGCAAAAGUAUACACAUUCGGGUUACAGAGUUAUUGCAUGUGCAUAUAAGCAAAUAUCCAAUAUCUCCAUUGAAAGAGACGAAGCUGAAUCUGAUUUGACCUUUGGUGGUUUUAUAAUCUUUGAAAACAAAUUAAAGAAGUCGACCAAGAGCACAUUAAAGACCUUAAGAAAAGCAGAAAUUCGUACUAUUAUGUGCACUGGUGAUAAUAUUUUGACAGCAAUCAGUGUCUCACGUGAAUGUGAGUUGAUUUCUCCAAGUAUUGAGCAUAUUUACAUCCCUGUGUUGGAUAUUAAAGACGAUGAAAGGUAUAUUGCUUGGCAGGAAGUUAAUGAUCCUGAAAAUAGACUAGAUCCUGUUACUAUUAGGCCAAUUAAUAUCAGACAAGAUAACAACUAUAAGUUGGCUAUUACUGGUGAUAUAUUCAGAUUUUUGUUGACAGAAAUUAAAAACACCAAUAUUAUUCAUAAUAUUCUUAUGAAUUGUGAUAUUUUUGCUAGAAUGUCUCCUGAUGAGAAACACGAAUUGGUUGAACAAUUGCAAAAGAUUGACUACACUGUGGGUUUCUGUGGUGAUGGUGCUAAUGAUUGUGGUGCAUUGAAGGCUGCUGAUGUUGGUAUUUCACUUUCUGAGGCUGAAGCUUCUGUUGCCGCUCCUUUCACUUCACGUGUUUUUGAAAUUUCUUGUGUUUUAGAUGUUAUCAAAGAAGGUAGAUCCAGUUUGGUUACAAGUUUUUCAUGUUUCAAGUACAUGUCGUUGUAUUCAGCUAUUCAAUUUGUAACUGUUACCAUUCUUUAUAAAACGGGCACUAAUUUAGGUGAUUUCCAGUUUUUAUACAUUGACUUAUUUUUGAUCUUGCCAUUAGCCAUUUUCAUGUCUUGGUCUAAACCAUACGCAAAACUUGUCGUUAAAAGACCGACUGCAAAUUUGGUAUCACCUAAAAUCCUUAUUCCUUUGGUAUGUCAAAUUAUUGUCAUUUUGAUUUUCCAAGUUAUAUUAUGGUCAUGGGUAAGAGAAGAACCUUGGUAUAUUAAACCAAUUCCUGGUGCAGAUGAUGCUGUUAAAUCUUCUGAUAAUACUGUUUUGUUCUUAUUCUCGAAUUUCCAGUAUAUUUUAAUUGCUGUGGUAUUAUCACAAGGACCUCCAUAUCGUGAAUCAAUGUUUAAGAAUCAUCCAUUUAUUAUCAAUUUGAUCGUUGCUUGUUUGUUAUCCGCUUCAUUAUUCUUCAUUGAUGGAGAUUCCAAUAUGGGUGAUUUGAUGCAAUUGACAAACUUACAUGGUUGGUUCUACUGGUACAUUAUUAUUUUCUCCAUCUUGAACCUUGGUGUUAUGCUACUUGGAGAAGAACGUUGGUUUCCUAAGAUUUCUCAAUUGUAUAAGAAAGUUUUCCAACGUCUGAAGAUUGGUAAGAGUAAGAAGUUGUUCAAGAAUUUGAAGAAAGAAUUCACUAGACUUGAAAGCGUAUGA